GAAAAAACUACAGCAACCAUCAUCCUCAAAGGUUGCGAUGUUCGAACUUGUUUUUGUGUCCGCAAUCGCUUUGAUCGCUCUAGUCAUAGCUUUGUGGGGAGCGGCGUAUAUAGUUCAGAUCGGAUUUCUGCAGCUGAUCAUUGGUGCGAUUGUUCUUAGUUUUUUCCUUUCAUUGUCCCUUUCGAGCGUGGCGAACGUCAUUCUGACCUCAAUGGGUGGUUUGACCAAAGAAUACUCGCAGAAUAAUCAAGUUCGUGAUGAGUCUUUGUCGUAUUAUUUACUAGUAUUCACGCAGUGUGCGCUUGCGGCAUUCGCGCAGCCAACUCUGAGCGGUAUCUUGAUGUUGGCGAUACUUAUCUUUUUGGCCAUGGCGGCCUCGCAAUUGACUGAUCUUAUUGAGGAGAUCCAAAUAUUAACUGACUGUCAUACCGCGUUCGCGGAUAGGCCUCAGAAGGAUUUCGAAGCGUUAAGUCAAAAUACCGAGCUUAAGUAAAUGUUAAGAUCGGAUUGUGUGGGCUCCCAAGCCUAAGACAUGCAUCAAGGGAUGAGGAGAGGGCAGGUGUGGACGUGAAAUUCAA